GGGUGGGGUUGCAAAGAAGGCAACAAAGAAAAAAACAAGAGUAUUGAACAGAAAUUGACGGGGAAGAGGCUAAAGCAAUGGGAGAAUGAGAAGAAAUGACGAUGGUUUUACAGUGUUCAAAGGAAAGUGGGGGAAAUGAGGUGUGCGGGAAGGAACAGGAGACAAGAGACACUAAUAACAAGACUUAAGUUUGGACACACUGGACUAAACAGUACAUUAUUCAAAAUAGUGAAGAGAGUAAAUAAUAGCGAUGCUGAGCAGCACUCCAUACCAGUUGGUGGCGGUAAUGCACCGAUUUGUUGUUUGCCAACCGCCAAAAAAACAGAAGAAGAAGAAAAAGGUUUUCUAACCCGGAAGAGGCUGUUGUUUUGGUUUUUUGAACGAACGCAUCGUCCACAUGCGAGGCUACGUUGACUGUCACUGUCAUAUCUCUGCGGGGGAUUUUGACAAGGACUUGGAUGAGGUGAUCGAGAGUUCCAGACAGGUGGGUUUGUUGGCCGUGUUAGCUGUGGCCGAGCACGCUGGGGAAUUUGACAAGAUCAUCGCGUUGUCCCAGAGGUUUCCCGGUUUUAUUUUCCCCUGCUUAGGGGUCCACCCUGUUCAGGAAGUGUCCCCGGGGCAGCAGAGGGGGGCCACUCCCCAGGAUCUAGAUGCAGCUUUACCCAUCAUAGAGAAAUACAAGGACCACCUCGUGGCUAUCGGGGAGGUUGGUUUGGAUUUUACACCCAGAUAUGUCAGCAAUGAGUCUGAUAAAGAGAACCAAAGGCAGGUCCUCAUCCGUCAGGCGCAGAUAGCCAAGGAGCUGGAUCUCCCUCUAAAUGUUCACUCACGGUCGGCCGGAAGACCCACCAUCCAUCUCCUCAAGGAGCAAGGUGUCGAAAAAGCCCUGCUUCAUGCUUUCGAUGGGAGACCGUCUGUUGCCAUGGAGGGGGUGAAGGCUGGAUAUUUCUUUUCUAUCCCUCCGUCCAUAAUACGGAGUGAACAGAAGCAGAAACUUGUGAAACAGUUGCCAUUAGAGAACAUCUGUCUGGAAACUGAUUCACCUGCUCUGGGUCCAGAAAAGCAGGUGAGAAAUGAGCCAAGAAACAUCUCCGUCUCCGCUGAGUACAUCAGUAGGAUCAAAGGUGUGUCGCUGGACAAGGUGAUGGAGGUAACAACGCAGAACGCUCUCCAGCUCUUCCCGAAGCUCAAGUCAAUCCUCAGACCCUGACGCGGCCUUCAAGGUUUAUUAAACCAAAAAAGAGUGACAGUCGAGGUGAAAGCCGUUAAUUUAUCUCCAUUCAUGAAAUUCUUAAAUAAAUAAAGAUGAGAUAACAAUUUUAA